AUGUUCCAAGUUACGUUUGUGAUUUAUCCGCCCAAAAUUCAGACUGCUUUGGAGUAUUUUUCUUGUGACGAACGUGCUGAAUCAAAAUAUCGUAUAAGAGCCGUUAAACGAGAAGAGCUAAGACGUAGACGUCUGUCCGACAUUUUACAGGACAGGGAAAGGUGUCUCAAGCAAAGUGCAGCGUCUAUUAAGGUAAUACGUUGUUGUCUUCGCGCAAAAAAGUCACUUAAACAGUUUUGCAAUAUGUGUCAUAUUAGAGGCACAUCAAGGGAAUCAGGGGGUAUUUGUUACCGUUACAACGUCCUGUAUCCUGGCAAACGAAUGGUACGGCCAAACAGCUUAACCUGUCAAGUACUUUUUGGUCGCCUUCCAGAAGAGACUAUUUUGAACGAGUGUUGCCAGAUUUGGAGCCACAAAGAGAGUAUCUCUUUUUAUGAAACGUAUGGGACAAAUUGUGGAAGAUACAAAUUAGCGCUGAAGCUUCAUUACUACAUUCGUGAUAGUAAUGUGGCGGAUUUAACGUUCCCUUUUGACAGUGAAAGUAUUUCUGGCAGAUUUUGUGAUCGAAACAUUACGUUACGGAGAGAACACAUAAAUAAUGAACUUGGAAAUGCUACAGUAGUAACUUUGCAAAAUAUUGGACCUGCGAAUGGGUUAAAAAAUAGGGCUGUGGACACAAAAUAAAACGCACUUCGUGGAUUUAUUCGUGGUUUUUAUGCCAAAUCGCUUGAUCCUUAUCGCAUAACCGAAAGAGAUAACAAUUCUUCAGUGAGAAGAGGUAUGGGAGGAAACUUAAUUAGGAGGACGACAUCUGCUGAUUUCGAAACGGUUGUUAUGAAAUUGCAGUUAAACAAGGAUGCUGUAGUCUUCUUUUCCGGUGGUGACUGGCAUGGACCUAGUUCUUCUGUUUUUUAUGUGUAUCAUACCGUUGCCAACUACUUUCGUCAGUUUGCUGACGGGAUACAAUUUUUCAUGAUUGAUGUUUCUAAAAAUGAGCUACCUUGGCCAUACAAAAUGGAAAAACUUCCUGCAGCAAUUUUCUUCCCAGCUAAAAGGUCAGUUCACCCUAACCUUUUCUUAAAAAUAUCUAGAUUACCAUUAGAGUUUCGAAUUGGGCCAACAUCUUCAUUUUUGCGACAGAUGGGAUUUGAUGUAAGAACUAGGGUGAAAUGUUACUGGAGAUCCUUCUCAGCAAACCUGCCUGCCUCGGUACCAUUCACAGUUCCUAACUUGAUUUCAUUUAUUACGGCUCAUUGUGGGCCAGAACUGCGCUGGCGUAUCGCGCUUUCUUCUUGCUCUGAGUUAUGCUUACGUCGAAAUAAGAUCCGCUUGCGAAAACGAGCAGCAACACUGGUAGCCGAUAUCGUUGUGUUGAGAAGCUUGAAAAGAGAUUGUACUGAAGUUCAACACAAAAAACUUAUAGGAGCAUCUAUAUACCGCUUGAAGGUUCUUCUGCGUAUUGUUUGUCCGGUGCCAGGAGCUGGUUGA